CCCCCCCACCCCCGGCUCCUUCUCCCCCCACGUGAAGGGCCGUUGCCGCCCGCCCGGGCGAGCGCCGCGGCUGGCCGAGGAGCUCCCGCUGCCCCGCAGCGCGGGGGCUUGCCCUCCGCCUUCCCGCCCGGGGGCCGAGCCGAGCCGAGCCGCUCGCGGGCCCUGCGGGGCCCCGCUGCCCGGCUCCUGCCCCGCCGCUUCUGGGAGGCGGCUGGCGCCGCGGCGCUGCCCCCGUGAAUACUCCUCACGGGGUGGGCGUGGGGGGGGGGGCUGCGGAGGCCCCCCCGCCCCCGGGCGUCCCAGCCCCGCCGCCGCCGGUGGAUGCGCCCGGGAGGAGCCGCCGAGCCCGCCCAGCCCUUUCAGCCCGCGGGGGGGGGGGGGGGGGGGAAUGGGACGCGGGGCGCCGCGAUGACUUGACGCCGGGCCGCGGCGUGCCGUGGUGUGCCGUGCCAUGGAGGGGAUGACACGCUUCGUGGUGGCCUCGGCGCGGUGGCGACCGGCGCUGCCAGCCCUGCUGCCGCUGCUGCUCGCCGUGCCGGCGCUGCGGGGCUCGCCCGCCUCAGAUGAGAGAUCCUUGGAACAGCAAAAUUUUUCCUUUUUCUCAAUGGACUCAAAUGUGCACCAAAGCAUAUCAGGCAGCAGGACGCAAAUGGCCUUAGCAAAAAGUACUUUGGAGCUCCAAGAAAGUAAUUUCCUUCAAGCAGUUUUAUCAUCAGUUACCACUCCCUUUGAUGUGACUUUAUUUAACCAAGAAGAAAUGGUCAGGAUUUCAGAAGGGAAAAGUACGUCAUUGGUAGAUGUUUCUGUAACAAGCAAUGAGGCGUUCUUAAGUGACGAUGAAUUUAUUAGCUCAUUUCCAAAGGCACCGUGGACUCCUCCGCUGAAGUCUUUUGCAGUUUUAACCGAUCAUCAUUCAGUUAAUACAGUAGAGCCACUGAGAGAAAUGUUAGAAACUGUCUUGCUAACACCUUCAUUAUCUGUCCUUUUUUCACCAUAUGAUAUCUCAGAAACAGCACAGCAAAAGACUCCAUUGAGUGCUGUCCCUGAACGCAGUAACACUCUUACAGAAUUGAAGCCUUUUGUACCAGAUAGUGAAAUGCUAACAGCAAGCAGAGACUUGCCGUUGUACCCUCCAAAUACAGCUAUUUAUUUCACUUCUAUUCCUUUAGAGGCGGGAGUUGCAGUGCAGGAAAACAUAAAUGCAAGUUUAACAGCUCUGCCUUUUGGGGCUGCAUCAGAAGGGUUGCCUCUUCAUCUCAAGCUGCUGGAUAAAAAUAGCCCUGUGACCCCAGAUGCCACAGCACAAAGUGCAGACCCAUAUGGUGACAUUUACGCCGAUGUGAGUACCAGGGCAGCAGAAACUCUCAGUCUAAGGACCUACCCUAGUCCAAGCAUUCCCUGGGCCACGCCAGCUUCAGCCACCAGUGCUGAGUCUGCUUUGUUUCCUGUUAGUCUUCCACCUGCGACCUUCCUGCUUCACUCAGCUGCCAUUUCCACAGACUCUAAUACAGUUCUUAAUGCCAGCCUGUUUACACAUGAAUUCUCCAGUAUAACACCAAAUUUGCCUGCCAGUUCAGAAAUACCAAGUCAAUCAGAGCUUGUCAGUAAGCUCAUGAGUCCAGUGCCUUUCACGAGAUCAUACAGUUCUUGUCUGUAUUGUGACUCAGUUUCACUUCUGCCAGAGGCAGGCUUUUCCCCAGAACAUGAUGUGGGCUCAGGCGAUUACGUUGAAACUUUGUCCAUCACAGUGUCUGAAGUACGAGGCAUAACUCCGUUUGCAACUGUAAUUGCUGACGGGUAUGAAUUAGAGGAGCCUACACCUGAGAUUUUUGAUACUUCUUUUCCAUCAAGACCAGUUGUUUCAUUUUCUUCAAGAUUUGCAGAAAUGCCGGAUUCAAGCAUGUUUUUAUUGAGCGCUGCGGACACUGUCUUUAAUGACAGAAGACCUAUAACAAUUUCUUCUUACCAUCAGCUCCCUGGAGGAACAUCACUGAACAUCUCUGUUGCCCAGUUUUCCCUCCCUGUUCUGGAAACGUUUUCAUUGACACCAAGCACUUACGUAGAACUUCCUGAUGCCACCACCGUUCUGUUUGACUCUACCUUCACCCCGAGUGAGCCAGUAGCAUCGUUUGCAGUCAGUCAUACAACUUUGCUGGAGUUGCCAGAAUUAAUGCCAUCAGAAUCUGUGGGUUUGCUUGACAAGACUUCUACAAGGGAGGAACCGUCUUUAAAUAUUUCAGAUUUUCCGUCCAAUCUUUUAUCAACACCAUUUCUUAUUGAACCUAGCUACUUGUCUUUAUCAUCAGCCAUGCUAAAUUCUUACUCUGUCAUGCAAAGUGAUUUAUCAGCACUCUUACCUCAGACCUUGUUGACUGGGACAUCAGUACUUUCUGAGGAUGUUUCCAGCUGGGACUUGGCUACCACUAUCAGCUCUGCCACUGAUGCCGAGGUUUCUCAGUUCCCUCUUGGCCAAACAUCAUACUUUUAUUCAGAUGCAUCCUCUGUUCCAGGUGCACAUGUUCCUGAAAUAACGCUAUCAUCAGAUUUUCACUCCGAGUCAUCUGUGUUUCUGGAAGCACCCUCCGUAUUGCCAGCGGGCUCUGAAUUUGUGUUUACCUCAGCUGUUACAGGAGCUACCUCUCAGUUGGAGCCUUCACUCUCCACCUCUCACUCCGUGGUUCCUACCCUGGUGCUGCCUGCUUCCGACACCCAGUCUGUUACCAGCACCAUCUUGCUCAGCGAAACAAAUCUGAUCUCUUUGUUUACUACCUUUCCGGCAACUCCUGUCUUAAAUGUAUCUUCAUCUCUGCUCUCAAGUGCUCCGGCUUCUGAUGAGGAUAUUGGUGCUACAGUUAACCCCACGCUGCUUUUAAUGUCUCGCAGCGAGGGCAGUGCCCAGACAGCCCUUCCUCCCACAGACCCCGACAGCCUGACGUCGCGUGCCGACACCAGCAGCGUGAUGCCCUUUCCUACCGUAUCUCUGUCUGUGACGAUGUCAUUUGCUCCCACGCAAUUUCCUCCGACCUCUGGCCCUCCCACUGGAUAUGAAGCUCCAGCAGGAAGCAGUGUAACUGCUGGUACUGAUGCAUCGGCUGCUUCCACCACCGUCCCCACAACCACUGCUGCCAGUGCCACGGGCAGCCACAGUGUCACUGCUGCAGGCAGCCUGGGGACGUUCUCCUCUGCCUCUCUGGUGACCACUACUCCAUCUGAACCUGUGGCCGUAACCUCGGCCGUGACCACUACCAGGCAACCCUACGUCUGCGACAUCACGGUUCCUGAUGCUUACUUAGUCACCGCGGUGCUGGCCCAAAGAGCUGUUCUACAAAAUGUCAGUGAAUCCAUCAGAGAAGUGCUCAGAGUUCAGUUCAGGCGAUCAGUAGAGCUAGAGGUUUAUAAAAUUUCCCCUAAAUUUGCUUUCUUGGUGACAUCAGGUCCUUUUGUUUACACGGCAGUAGCUGUCAUAAAUGUGCUUGUGAACAGCAGUCUUCUUCGUGGUGAGGCCCCCAUGAUCCUCUCACUUCAUCCUUCUUUCACUGUGCCAGAUAACAGAUUCCAAGUUCAGACAGUCCUUCAGUUUGUGCCUCGGAACGUGGAUGUUGGGUUCUGCAACUUUAGCCGGCGCAUUGAGAAGGGGCUGACAAUGGCAUUCAUGGAGGUGAGCAAACACCAGGAGUUCUACAACUUCACUGUGCAGAUACUGAAUAUAACUCUGAGUAGGCCUGGGGUAGCGUUUCGACAAGGCCCCGUGAGCAUUGUUUUUGCCAUCCGAGAUAGGUAUGGUUUUCUAAAUGGGUCUGAAGUCAGUGAGCAGCUAAGAAACUUGUCUGUGGUGGAAUUCAGCUUCUAUCUGGGCUUUCCUGUGCAGCAAAUUGCUGAACCCUUUCAUUAUCCUAAGCUUAAUGUGUCUCAGUUGAUGAAAUCUUCCUGGGUGAGAACAGUUCUCUUGGGUGUCGUUGACCAGCGAAUUCAGGAGGAAGUGUUUCAAGCUGAGAUGGAACGGAAACUAGCUCACCUGUUAAACGAGGCUUUGGUCAGAGGGCGGAUAUGGAGACGGGCCAGUUUUGCAGGCAGCAACAUUGUGCAGAUUGUGAACGUGUCACGGUUAGUUGGUGUUGAUAAUCCUGUGGAGCUGAUCUAUUUUGUGGAGGAUCAAGAUGGAGAGAGACUCAGUGCUCUGAAGUGCUCAGACCUGAUGAACAGAGUUGAUAUCCAGCGGGCUGCAAUCAUCCUUGGAUACCGCAUUGAAGGCACCGUUGCACAGCCUGUGGAGAAGCUGAAGGAGUCCACCUCAGAGUCACAGAAUAGCAACCUAUGGAUUAUUGUUGGUGUGGCAGUCCCAGUUGCUGUAGUGCUCCUGAUUGUUAUUAUUUUAUACUGGAAACUUUGUCGAACAGACAAACUGGAGUUUCAGCCAGACACGAUGAGCAACAUCCAGCAGCGACAAAAGCUACAAGCCCCCAGUGUGAAAGGCUUUGAUUUUGCUAAGCAGCAUCUGGGCCAGCACAAUAAAGAUGAUGUCCUGAUUAUCCAUGAGCCAGCUCCUUUACCAGGACCUAUUAAGGAUACUACCCCAUCUGAAAAUGGAGAUGUGCCCAGCCCCAAAUCCAAGACUUCCUCAAAGCCUUCAAAGACUGUUCGACACAGAGGAAGAGUUUCUCCAUCAGAUGCUGACUCCACAGCAAGUGAACAAUCCAGCGGGAGAGAGACAGGAGAAGAAACUGCAAGACCAACUGUUGCAAACGAGGGUAAACCACGCAGAGCAGUGAAGAAGGGACCAAACAGAGUGGGACCUCCUCAGACCAGCAGUGGAAACGAGCAACACUCCUCAGCCUCUAUCUUCGAACAUGUGGAUAGGAUGUCGCGUUCCUCAGAUGCCAGCAGACGGGUCCCAAGCAAGAUCCAGCUGAUUGCUAUGCAACCAAUGGCAGCACCUCCGGUUCAGAACUCGGUGCUUUCUGAUCGAGUAGCAGAGACCAACAAAAUUAAUAAAGAGAUACAAACAGCCCUGAGGCAUAAAUCUGAGAUUGAGCAUCACCGCAAUAAGAUUCGUCUUCGCGCCAAACGCAAAGGGCACUAUGAAUUUCCAGUGGUGGACGAUGUGGUGGUGGUUGACUCCAAAGAACAGCACAGAAUAUAUCGCAAGGCACAGAUGCAGAUUGACAAGAUCUUGGACCCUGGAGGCAGUGUGCCUACUGUCUUCAUAGAGCCCAGGAAGAGUUCUCGUGCAAAACGUUCUCCCAAGCAGCGCCGGCGACAUCAGAUAAAUGGGAGUCCGACUGAUGCAGAAAAGGACAGGUUAAUCACAACUGACAGUGAUGGGACAUACAAAAGGCCUCCAGGAGUCAAUAAUUCUGCAUAUAUUUCUGAUCCAGACUUGCCUCCUGAACCUCAGACAUCGUCUUCAGCUGAUCUGAGGAAGUUCCCUGGCUUGCCUUCCCACCCAGUCUCCCAGUACAUCCCACCACAGCCGUCCAUUGAAGAGGCUCGGCAAACCAUGCACUCGCUGCUGGAUGAUGCUUUUGCGCUGGUGGCUCCCAGCAGCCAAGCAGCCAAUUCCACGGCCGUCACACCACCUGGGGUCUCCUCAGGACAGCCGGUAAACAACACUCCUGCUCGAGCAGGGAGGGGAACCACAUGCACCCAGUGGGGAUCACCUUAUGGUCCAACUCAGGCAGUAAACAACCCAUUUAAUAGAUAUGUGGAAUUUGGAAUGACUCCUCCAACAGCACCAGGUCUCCUACCAAGGCAGAACUUUGGGCCAGGUUUUCUUCAACCUGCAGAGUUAAUGCACCCGGACCAGCAGCCACCUGAGGUCCAGUAUUCCUCCAGAGGGAUAUACUCAGAGGAAAUGCCAUCAGUGGCACGGCCACGACCAGUUGGAAGCACUGCAGGUUCUCAGAUACAGCACCUCACUCAGGUGGGAAUUGCUAGCAGGAUCGGAGGUCCACAAGUGGAGAUCCCCUCAGGCAGAGCAGGGCAUGGCCAGCCGGGGGGGCCAGGGUGGCCCCAGUACCGUGGAGAGGAUGAAUAUGCUAGGCGAGAUGCAACGCAUAUGCAUGGACACCAAGAAUAUUCCUCCUCACCAGUAUUCCAGAUGCCGAGGACUUCAGCCAGGCAGCCCUCGGCACCCCCUGCUCAGCUUCCACACAACAGCCUUCAGGGCCAGGGCCUUUGUUACACCACCAGUUCCACUGAGGACCUCCAGCCAGGUCACUCUUCAGCCUCUCUUAUCAAAGCAAUUAGAGAAGAACUUCUACGACUUUCUCAGAAACAGACAACAGUGCAGAACUUCCACAGUUGAUUUAGCAUUCCCUUGCAAAUCUGCCAGGUAUCUGCUUCCUAUGGAAGCAAAGACUUAGAGGAAAUCAGCAAUGUUGUUCUCUCAAAUGAAUGAACUUUCACAGCUCUGUUGACAACACUCUGGAAAAAACGAAAAAGGCAGCAAAAUGAGGAUAGUAAGGAGAGAUGGGGAACAAACAGGGAAAAUCAUCAGUGUCAUCACAAGUAAUAUUAAUUAAUCUGCUAAUAUUACGGUGCUCCUCUUCUCUCCCUACCCUCAUUCAGCCUAACACAGAAACAGAACCUUAGGUCAAGAACUCAACACGCCAGCAACAACAACAACAACAAAAAAAAUCACAGGAACAAACUCCAAGUAUGAUAGACUCCUUUUUCUAAGGAAGUAGGUGAAGGUUUGAAUAAACUGAGAUGAUAUUUUGCAAGAGAUUACAAGUGUUCUGAUCUCUCCAGUGCUUAUGGGGAACUGGUUUGUGUUGCUGUUCUGCAAGAUUACAAACUGUAUUCGCUCAAGGGUGUUGAAGGUGUGAUCCUACAUAAGAAUCACUUUGGUUGUCAGGAACAAUGGGACUACUUAGAAUAAAAGUCUUUUUGAGCUACUUGUAACAAACUGAAACAAUAAUUGUUAUAGCUCUGUGCUUCCGAAUGGAGCUACCCUCUGCACUCUUCCUUGUUUUCCUUCUGGUGCUGAAGCUUCAAGUGUUCCUUCAUCUUCAAUGUUUGCAAACUGAAACAUUGGCCUUGUAUGACUAAAAAAAUAUCUGUAGACUCAUUCAGGCUGGAAAAACAAAGCAAAGCAUCCAAACAGAAAGGGCUUGGUAUUUAUUUUGUUCUAAAAUUAUUGAAAACUGGGAGAGGAAUACUCAGCCACAGUUGAAUUUGGGGAAAUGUGUAUGUAUAUCUUUAAAAAAUAUAUUUACAUACUAUAUGCUCUUGCAAGACCAGUGAUAAAAUAUUGCCACUCUGUAGUUUACUUUGUGGACAGAAACCAAUCCAGCCUGAUUGGUACAGGGUCACCAGCAUUACGUUAUAAAUUGAUGUCCUAAAUCAUUGCUUAUGUUUGGAUCUGAAUAAUUUUAGUGAAAGUCAGUGACAGUUUAGAGCAUUAACAUAGGCUUAGAUUUGCAGUUUUGAGACAGUUUCUAUAUUUAUACUUGUUUCCAUGGUCCCUUUGGACAAAGGGUAAGCAUUAUCCCCAUGGUAAGAAUGGUAUGUGCCAUGGAACUGUUUGUUGCUGGUUUUUUCCAGAGUUUUAAUUUAAUAUUAGCUACGAAUUUACUAAUAUUUGGCCAUUGCAUAACUGUAACUGACAUAAUACAUACGGAAGUUUUACUUAAGUCAUGAUUUGUUGGAGUGUUUUUAUUUUCAGAUCAAACUGAACUGAAGCGGAGAAACUGCUGGCACAGAGAUAGAGGGUAACUCAGUGUUUGUGAGGAGGCUUGGGAGCCUUGCCCUAGAAAAAUGAAAAGCAAAACUAUUUGGUGCUACAGUGUGGGUAUUUCAAACACUAGCAGAUGGUAGUUGUAAAAGGUCUAAGGAACAGUAGUCCACCAAAGAGAUCAUUAGGCAAUUGAUGAGGGUGGGGCUGCAUUUGCCUCACUUACUGGGGUAGAAAUGUCAUUGGUAAAAUACAGGUAUGUAACACUGGUAUAGGAUGGUGGUCUUUGGCUACCAAAUCUGUUCUGGUUCCAGUGCACAGUUCAAUAACUGUGACAAGACUAACUCAGACUGAAAUGAAAACAAGUAGAAGGACACCAUGGAAGAACCUUUUGUUCCUUGUUCAUGACAUGCGUACAUAAUAUCCUUUGCCAAAGCAUAAACUAGGAAGCAACUGGCUGCUCACUGAUGUAGAAAAAGAAUGUGGUAUGUUUCUCCUCUUCAUUAGGAAGCUCAGUUAUUCUUCUGUUUACCCAUGAUCAUCAAAAGGCUGUAUUAAAUUGUUUUAAGGGACUUACUGUAGUGAAGCAGUCUAAUUUCUAGUUCCCUGGCCUUAUGGGCACUGGCUGAGGUUUGAAUGGAGUCAGAACACCAGCAUGGUUGUGAACAGCAGUACCAACAGGUUAUUGUGUUGUGAAUUUUUUAAGCUUUUUGUAUGAUAAUCACUUGUAGGAUAAAAAUACAGAAACAUUUAAUUUCUGCCAAGUUUGUAAACAUGAAUUUUGCCAAUACUUCUGCAAAAUGUCAGGUUUUGCGGAAUGAAGAGUGUAUCAGGCAGUGUUCAUUUGGUCUUUUUGACAAUGCUGAAGACUGACUGUUUCUAAGCAUUCCCAUUAAAACCAUCUCUUUCAGAGCCCGCAUCCUUCUCCAGCUUAAUUCUGCAGUGAGGUCAGAGGCCAGUGCUUAUAAUACUAGCACGUUACUGUGACUUCAUUUCAAGAAAAUGUGGGCUUCUAGAAAGUAAGUUCAUUGUCUGGGUGCUGGCUCCAGCUGUUUAAGAAGGAAUAUGAAUUAAGAGUUUUGAAAGUUAGAGGUACUUAAGCCAUUUCUCAUUCAUUUUUGCUAGUGAUGGUGAUGCUAUUGUGAUAUUCCACUACUUAUGUUUGGAAGAAUAUCCUUUUCAGUCACAAAUCUUAUGAAGAACAUGGGACACGGGACAAAUAUGUACUGGUAAAUAAAGGAGGCUUUCUGAUGCAAAAAACCUUUUUAAAACCUUCCAAGUUCACAGGGCAGGACAGUAAAAUACAAGAAGUCAGAAAGCUGUGUUUGGAAGUUAAGUUCUCAAACUUGCUGGAGACCUGAUGCACUGUUGACAAAAAAUGGUAUGACAUAGUCUGUAUCUUCAUAUAGUAAGAAAAGUAACAAGUAAGGCACCAGUUCCAAGGAUGAUCUUAACACAGGAGACCCACACUUUACUUUCUGCAGCUAUAAGAAAAGGAGGGUUUUUCAUGUGCUACAAAAGGACUCUGUGGAGUACAUGUGCCAAAAUGUGUGUUUCCACUUGGGAAUUCAGGGGAAAAAAAAAAUCUGCAAGCUUCUGCAUCCCCAUGUGCUUGAGCUCUUUUGCCAAUUUUUUUAUUGCCCUAUUAAAAGAGGCAGGGGGAGGGGGGGGCAGGGAACAGAACCUUUUUUCUGAAACUUAAAGUAUCCUGAAUUUAAGUAUCUGUUAAUGAAGCUACCAGUUUCUGAAAACACUGAUCAGAUGAGAAGUUGGUACAGGCACAGAAAGCUGUUACCAACAGUUACAUCCAUUUCCGUGACUAAACCAUCUGGUUCAUGGAAUCCUCAGGCUCUUCUCUUUCUUUACAAUUUUCCUUGACAUUUGUGUUUAGUCUGUGUUUUAGUUUGGCAUAUAGAAGAACUUGGCGAGAUGAAAGCUACGUAAUUUAGCUUGGUUGGUUUGCCAGAAUGUUGACCUCUAGCCUGCUUCUUGAUUAUCUUUGGAGCUAAGUGAAAUUUUACAAUUAUUUUUCAUACACUCAAUUUGAAAGGCGGGGCACACUUCAGUACUAUAAAAUUUUCUCUACCAGGAUGUAACUCAUGGUCCUGUCAGUGACUGUGGGCAUGUGACUCAGGGAAGAAAACCUUGCUUUUAGAAGAGUGAAUUGCAUAGGUGCUGGACUCAUGAUGUUAAAUAUGCACACUUUGGAGCAGUAAGUGGAAUUUCACUGACCCUUUGCAAUGUAUUGUACUUGCAAUGGUUUGGAGCAGGCUUCAUAUGUAGUGGUUGGAGAGCAGCAGCAUCACACAAGGUCUAUAUAUCACCUCUGCACCCAAAGGAUUGGUUGGCGAGAUGUUGGCUACCCCAAUAUCACGCACCUUUAUGCACGCACAUAAAUACGUAAAUGGAUUGAUCACCCAGAAGUGCACGUUCCUACCAAGUGCUGAAGCCAGUGCCUUUAAAUUAGACCACUGACAGCAGGGUUACAGCGUUAUCAUAGAAAGAGGCUGUUUACAGGGAUCAUAACUUCCCAAGAACCAAAUCGGCUGACACUGUUGUGUGUUAACUCACAGCUUGAAAACACAUUAGAUGGAUUAUACAAGGAAGCUAGUAUGUAUUUGAGCCCAAGUGAAGUUGUGUGAUAUGGAUGGCAGUAGGCAGUUGAACUCAUUUUUUUUAACUCUUACUACAUUCUCCUCUUUUCCAGCUUUUAACAAUUUUUCCACUUGAGGAAGAAAUAGGAAUUUCCCAUUCCAUGCCUUUUCUAGUAGUUCUUUAACAGGUGCCAGUCCUUGAAAAAAACAUAUCUUGGCCAAAAGAUUUGCAGUGGCAGGAUGAAGAACAUUUGUGACUUAGAGGUGGGAACAUGUUGUGGGCCAUAUUUUUUGCAGCAGCAAAGAAAUAGAUGGAUUAAAAAAAAAAAACAAACAGAAAAACAUCUCUUCGGUAUUUUCCAAAUAUGGACAUAAAGCUGGAAAUGGAUUAAAAUAAAAAGGAUGACAUCUGAUUGUUAGAAGGCAAAGGACAGCAACCAGGUCUCCAGGACUACCUGUGACAGUGCCCUAAAAAGAGAGAGAGAAAAUUUGGGGGACUCCCCCUGCCUCCACUCAAGCUCUUCCAUAACACAACCCCUCUUCUGUGCAGUUCUUCACCACUUGCAAUGCUAGUCUGGACAAGUGAGGAACAUCUCUCAUCAGUGAGACUCCCAAAAGCAGUUCAGCAUGGCUGUAGAGUUUCUCCAGGACUGUUUAGAUGUGCCUAGAGAAAAGCAGCUUUGGAGUGCUUAAAUGUGGAAAUAAAAGUCCAGUUCCCUGUUGUGGUGGGCAUCUGUUCCCUCUUCCUGUUAUUUUUUAUUUAAAAAUGGGGGAGAAACCCUGGGGAUGUAUUCUGCUGUCACCAGUCUGAUGUCAUUCAUGUAUUCCGCUACCUGUAGGUCCUAAAUACUGAGGAAGCAGAAAUAAGGAAUGAAAGUUUUUGGCAAUGCUGAUGAAGAUUCACUGUAGUUUUGCGGUAUUUUGGUGUGAGCGCACUUGAGUGCUUGAAAAGUCUGGUGUCUCUUAUAGUGAGUGUCCCUUGAAAUGCAGCUUAUGUCAGAAGGAGGACUGUAAAAAUUUUCUUCUGUAUCUCUGACACUAACUCACCGAGGGCAGAACAAGCUCAGCUUGUGACAGCUCGUACCGAUAGGAUUGGUAGUUCAGAUCCAAAUGUUGGUCUGCAUAUUGUCACUGGUCGCAUCUGCAUGACUUCCACUGAAAACCAUUUAGUCGCAUGUAUGCUUUGGAAGGAGAAUUUAUCCUACAAAUUUUUUAGUACAGUUUGGGAUGCACUUGGCAAGAUGUGUCUAGCUUGAUGUACAAGUCCCAGGGUGAGUUUACUCACCCUGAGAGUAAGAAACUUGAGAAGCAAAUAUCCUGUGGAAUUGCACUGCAUUUUUAAAGAGACUUUUCCGGAGUAGAGCUGCAGUCCGGUGGAUCCCACUGAAGACUGAUAGAUGAAAAAAAGUUACAUUAGUACUAGAAGAAUACACGUUUCUUUGCACUUCAUAGUUUGUAGAACUGGAAUGUUUUGUCUUGAUUUCGUAUUACUUUUUCUUGAUACUCUUUACAUUUAAAGUAUGUAUUUUCCUUUGUAAUGGCCACUCCUGUUUAGUUUUGAGUAGUUCUUACUCCAUAACUGGAAGUUUAUGUUUAGGCUGUUACAUCUUGCCUUAAUCGGAAUAAAAUGUUGGUACAUUUGAACAAA